GUUGCGUUCCACAGCCACAGGCCACAGCCAUGACUACUACUACUACUACAACAAGCAGAGAUGAAUCCGACUACGACAGUAGCUGUUCUUCGACCACAGUGCUGGACUCCCGCCACAGCUGGAUAAGCGAUUUCAGCUUUGGCAGCAGGAGCUCUAUCUCAGUCUGCUCUUACAGUGACAACUCCCUCUCUUGUGCUCAAAAGCCGCACAAGGCCAACCAAGCUGCCUGGGAGGCCAUGAAGCGGCUUAGGGGAGAGAAUGGCCAAGUUGGGCUUGACCACUUUCAGUUGCUUCGCCGCCUUGGAAGCGGAGACAUCGGCAAUGUCUAUCUUUGCCGGCUCAGGAAUCCUGUCGUGGGCUUGCCUGAGUGCUUGUAUGCCAUGAAGGUGGUGGAUAGAGAAGCACUCGCGUUUAGAAAGAAGCUGCAGAGGGCAGAGAUGGAGAAGGAAAUACUGGGUAUGCUUGAUCACCCUUUCCUCCCAACUCUCUAUGCCGACUUUGAAGCUUCCCACUACUCAUGUCUGGUCAUGGAGUUUUGUCCCGGCGGCGAUCUGUAUGCUCUACGGCAGCGCCAGCCAGGGAAGCGGUUUAGCAUCUCAUCUGCUAGGUUUUAUGCAGCUGAAAUCCUCUUAGCUCUGGAGUAUCUACACAUGUUGGGGAUUGUAUACAGGGACCUUAAGCCCGAGAACGUGCUGGUAAGGGAAGAUGGGCACAUCAUGCUCUCAGACUUCGAUCUCUCCUUCAAAUGCGACGUGGUGCCCAAGCUUCUGAGAACGAAACCCAACCCAGAGGCUACACACAAGAACGUUAAGAGCUUGAUCCCUUCAUGUGCUACACCAAUACAACCUGUGCUUUCUUGUUUCCUAGCGUCUACUAAGAACAGCAAGAAAAAGAAGGAAGUGAGCUCGGGCGCAGUAGCACCUGCAGAAGUUGAUUUGCAGGAGGUCGAUCCCGAACUGGUAGCUGAACCCAUUAAUGCCCGUUCGAAAUCUUUCGUAGGGACUCAUGAGUACUUGGCUCCAGAAGUAAUCUCGGGGUCAGGCCAUGGAAGUGCUGUGGAUUGGUGGACUCUCGGGGUGUUCUUGUAUGAACUCCUGUACGGGAGGACACCCUUUAAAGGUGAAAACAAUGAGAAGACUCUCGUCAAUAUCAUUAAGCAGCCAUUGACCUUCCCUAGGAUUGGUGUCAGCAGUAGCAGAGAACUUGAAGAGAUAAUGAAGGUUCAAGACCUUAUAAGCAAGCUCCUGGUGAAGAAUCCAAAGAAGAGAAUAGGGAGCUUGAAGGGUUCAGUUGAGAUCAAGAGGCAUGAGUUUUUCAAGGGUGUCAAUUGGGCUUUGAUUAGGUCAGUUAAGCCUCCUGAAGUCCCCAGAGAUUUACACAAAAUUAAGAGCAAAGCUUCUUUACCAAAGCUAAGCAGAAAAGAAAGAGAGGCUACAUAUCAGCUCCCUCACCAUUUUGACUAUUUUUAAUUGUAAAUAAAUAUGAAUAGAUAGAGAUGAAACACCCAUCUUAUACUAAUGAAAGAGUUCUUUGUUUCUUCUGUUUUUGGUAGAGAAAUAGAAGAGUUAUUUACUUAUUUUGUGCUUUCUCUCUUUCUCUCUCUCUCUCUCUCUCUGUUGUGUGUUUAUUUGAAUCUUUUCUACACCUGAAAAAAGACUCAAGACCUAUUGACUACUGUUAUGCUUGA